UCAUGCUACUUCGCUAUGAUGACAAACGUCACCAAACCAACCCUCGGCAAUCUGAUUGAGCCAGUGAUUGAUUUCCAGGCUCGGAAUUGCUCACAUAAACAACUGGCCAGAUAAAGAUCUGUCACAUGGAGGGGCGGAGCUUUGCUGAAUAGAACUGUCCGUUAUGGAUUUCUGAGGAGAGAGAGAGAGAGAGCACCUCAACUGCUGAAGCGUUUAGUAACAGACGGAAACAACACGGUGCAGUCUGUGGUUUACAAACGUGGAUUAUGGAGAAGUUGGCAACUCAAUUUUAAAAUAAUUUCAAGACGGGAGAAAAGUGCACACAUCCCUCGGGAUGGUUGAAGAAUCACAGCAAGGAAAGUAAUCGGACUCAGUAAGUCCCUAAUGGAGAAUGACACCUCCAUCCCGUCGGGCUACGUCCCACAUUACCUUCUUCGAGGGGAUCCCUUCGCUUCCAAGCUGUCCAAGGAGGCAGACAUAGUGGCGGCGUUCUACAUCCUUGUCAUUGGUGUCUUGUCAGCCACUGGAAAUGGUUAUGUCAUAUACCAGACCAUCAAACGCAAGACCAAGUUAAAGCCGCCAGAAUUCAUGACGCUGAAUCUAGCUGUAUUCGACUUUGGCAUAUCAGUCACUGGAAAGCCGUUCUUCAUAGUGUCGAGUUUUUCGCACCGCUGGCUGUUCGGAUGGCAGGGCUGCCGCUACUAUGGCUGGGCCGGCUUUUUCUUCGGAUGUGGAAGUCUCAUUACCAUGACGAUUGUCAGCUUAGACCGAUACUUGAAAAUCUGCCAUUUAAGAUAUGGUACAUGGUUCAAACGGCAUCAUGCGUUUCUCUGUCUGGUUUUCACGUGGUUAUACGCUGCCUUCUGGGCCACCAUGCCAGUGGUGGGCUGGGGAAACUACGCACCUGAGCCAUUUGGUACGUCCUGCACACUGGACUGGUGGCUGGCCCAGGCCUCUGUGUCUGGCCAGAGCUUUGUUAUGUGCAUGCUCAUCUUCUGCCUCGUCCUCCCCACUGGCGUCAUCGUCUUCUCCUAUGUCAUGAUCAUCUUCAAGGUGAAAGCCUCAGCCAAAGAAGUCUCUCAUUUUGACACACAGAAUAAGAACAAGCACCACCUGGAGAUGAAGCUGACUAAGGUGGCGAUGUUGAUCUGCGCAGGGUUUUUAAUAGCUUGGAUCCCUUAUGCUGUGGUAUCAGUGGUGUCUGCUUUUGGAGAUCCUGAUUCAGUGCCUAUAUCAAUCUCUGUUGUGCCAACUUUGCUGGCCAAGUCCUCUGCCAUGUACAAUCCAAUCAUAUAUCAAGUCAUUGACUGUAAGAAGAACUGUGCCAAACUGUCCUGCUUUCAAGCUUGGAGUAAAAGGAAACAUUACAAGACUUCAAGGUUUUACUCCAUCUCUGCCUCCAUGAAAAAGAGACCAGCCAAUGAGGUUCCGACUGAGAUAUGAGCAAGGACAGGAACACACAAUGCACCUGUGAUAGGACACUGGCCAAUUUGUUAUUGUGCAAUUUAGACAUCAACAAUUCACACCCACCUACUAUAACUUUGCUCUUGUAUACUACUGCCGUCAGCUUCACAAACCCAAGCAAACACAACUCCUUUUAAAUUGAUCUUUCUGUGUAUAAAAUAAUGAAGUAUGAUGUAUUUAUACAUAUAUAUAUUUUUUGGUUAUUUGUUUUAUAUUCCAUGCGUUCACAGUACCAACACGUUUAAAACAACCUGCUUAAAGUCUAAUAUGACAUUACUUUUUAACAAAUAGUAGUAUGUGUUCAGUCUGUAGUUUCUCAUUUAGUGUUUGUACUGCAAGUAAACAUAUAAAUGAAACUGGUCACACAUACCCACAUCUAUACAGCAGCAUGGUCACAGUCAGAUAAACAACAAUGUAUACACACAAAAUGAGUGCAUCUUUACUGUUAUUUUUGUAAUGCAAAUUGAAUUAUAUUCUAAUGCAUUAAUUGAGGCUAUUGAUUUUCUUUUUUUAGCAUUUAGCACUUAGCAUGAUAGUUUUGGGCCACGUGCAAUGAUUAUAUAUUAGACAUCCCAAAGCCUAUGAUCUUGAGAAUUACAAUUAUAAUAGUCUUAUAAUUACUAUUAUUAUUUAUAUUUAUUUACUCAAUUGAUGUCCAAUGUCAUUUUAACUUGAUCUAUUUAAUAUGGUAGCCUUUUGCAUGUUAUCGGCCUUCAGACUAAACUAUGGCAAAACUGACUAAACUGUUAAAGGCUAAAGAAGAAAGUGCACAGUUGGUAAAGAUAAGUUGAUGGUGUGCAUACAAAUUUUCCAAAAUGUUUACGUUUUGUGGAAGUUGGACGAGAAUUAACAGAUAAUGCUACAGUAAGCUGGGUUUAUAAAAUGUUAGACAUUUCUUUUUAAAUACCUGAGACUAUUAGCUUACAGUAUUUAAAAAAAAAAAAUGCUCCUAGAUGACAUGAAAAUACCCCGUACAAUACUAGUGCUUUUUCCUUAUCAGAAAGAAGCUUGUUGAUACUCAAAACAUAAUGCUUGCACAAUUAAAGCUAACUAUUUUUGAAUAUAAUAAAUAGUUUACACUUAGUUUGAUGGAGGUCACAAUUUACUUGAAUAGCAACCAGUUAGAUUGU